AUGCUGAUUCUAGAGUUUCAUCCGCGUGGGCUGCUGGUGAAAGGUGAGACCUAUGCAGCCCGAGAGUGCUUGAAGGCCUUGGAAGGCCGUUGGGAUUCCUCCUUGAAGGCUUGGGUCUACGAGCACCGGCGGAAGAGGGAAGUGCUGGAGAAGCUCACCCAACUGGGCUUGGAGCUGCAGGAUCAUGCUCAGGCGCAGCGGGUUCCAGCGUGCGCUGCGCUGGGUGGAGUGGUGGAGUUGAGUUGGUGUGGAUGUCUCUUUUUGUUUGGAGUGGCUUGGGAACUUCCUGGUGGCAUUUAG